AUGGCUCCUGACACGCCCAUUACCACUCAGCAUGAGUCUUCCACCACAUCACCAAAACGCAACCACAUUACCAGACUGCCACCAGAGAUUCGCAUCGACAUCCACGAGCUCGCCCUGUCCGACUUGAACGUGGUCUGCGGCUACGGCUACUACUAG